AGGAGGAAACCGGCGGAGCAGCUUCCCCACUCUCAGUUGCGCGUCUGGCGAUGGCGAUGAGAGGUCCCACUGCGCUGUCCGCUGCGCUCUCCCUCCAUUAGCCGCGCUGAGCCGUGCUGCGCUCUUGCUGGUGCCUCUCUCCUGGGACCCGGGAUCGGCCCCCACUUCCAGGCACGACCCCCUCCCCCGGCCUCUCGGCCUUUUCCCCCCUACUCGGCCAUCUCCGACCCGGGGCGCACGUUCCCCCCGGCCCGGCUCCCACUUUCCCUCCGGGGGCACCCGCUCCCUAGCCCCGGCCCGGCCCUCCCCGCGGCGCAGCACGGAGUCUCGGCGUCCCAUGGCGCAACCCACGGCCUCGGCCCAGAAGCUGGUGCGGCCGAUCCGCGCCGUGUGCCGCAUCCUGCAGAUCCCGGAAUCCGACCCCUCCAACCUGCGGCCCUAGAGCGCCCCCGCCGCCCCGGGGGAAAGAGAACGCGAGCGCGCUGAGCGGAGAGCGGGAGAACGCGUCCUCGCUCGCCGGCCGGGAGGCCCCGGAGCCGGCCCAUGGGGAGCGGGUGCCGGGCGCCGGCCACGACGACCGCCGCCGCCCGCGCCGCGCCCCGCCCGCGAAGCCCAGGGACCCCCUCUGGGAGAGCCCCAUGAGGGCAGGAGAGUGAUGGAGAGUACGCCCAGCUUCCUGAAGGACAGCCCAGCCUGGGAGAAGACACCCCCUGAGAAUGGCGUCCUGGCACAGGAGCCGGAUACCCUGCCUCAAGAUGGUCUGCGCCGUGGCACACUGUGCCUGGGAGAGCCUGCUCCCUUCUGGAGGGGUGUUCUAAGCACCCCAGACUCCUGGCUCCCCCCUGGCUUUCCCCAGAGCCCCAAAGACACGCUCCCACUGGUGGAGGGAGAAGGCCCCCGCAAUGGGGAGAGGAAGGCCGGCUGGCUGGGCAGCAAGGAGGGGCUGCGCUGGAAGGAGGCGAUGCUUACCCACCCACUGGCACUCUGUGGCUCAGCGUGCCCACCUCGCUAUGGCCCCCUGAUUCCUGAGCAUAGUGGUGGCCAUCCCAAGAGUGACCCUGUGGCCUUCCGGCCCUUGCACUGCCCCUUCCUUCUGGAGACCAAGAUCCUCGAGCAAGCUCCCUUCUGGAUGCCCACCUGCUUGCCACCCUACCUAGUGUCCAGCCUGCCCCCAGAGCGUCCGUGUGACUGGCCCCUGGCCCCACACCCCUGGGUGUAUUCAGGGGGGCAGCCCAAAGUGCCCUCUGCCUUUGGUUUGGGCAGCAAGGGCUUUUACCACAAGGAUCCAAGCAUUCUCAGGCUGGCAAAGGAGCCACUGGCAACCGCGGAACCUGGGUUGUUGGGCUUAGCCCCUGGUGGGCAUCUCCAGAGAGCUGGGGAAGCGGAACGUCCUUCAUUUCACCAGAGAGACGGAGAGGCAGGAGUCGGCAGACAUCAGAACCUUUGCCCAUUCCUCCUGGGGCAUCCAGACGCUGUUCCCCGGACCCCCUGGCCCACUUGUCCCCCUGGCCUGGUUCAUACUCUUGGCAACGUCUGGGCUGUACCGGGGGGUGGGAGCCUUGGGUACCAGCUGGGGCCAUCUGCCACAUCAAGGUGCCCCUCUCCUGGGCCUCCUACCACCCAGGGCGACUGUUGCUCAUCUCACCCACCUGCUAGAGAUGGAGGUCUUGGCCUGUGUGGGAAGUGCCAGGAGGGGGGCACCAUCGGGCCCAGUGAAUCCAAUGAGGAAGCAAACAAGGCCUCUGGUCCCAGGGCUUGCCCACCCAGCCAUCACACCAAGCUAAAGAAGACAUGGCUCACACGACACUCUGAGCAGUUCGGGUGUCCAGGUGGCUGCCCUGGGGACGAGGAGAGCCCAUCUGCCCAGCUGCAGGCCCUCAAGAGGGCAAGCAGCCCUGAGGUCCAGGGAGCAGGUGGAAGGCCAGCUGCCAAGCGCCCACCCGACCCUUUCCCAGGCAGCAUGGGGCAGGGGGCCAGAGGCUGGCAGGAGACGCUGGACUCGUCCUUUGGAAACAAGGUGCAGGCCGGACAGCAGGAUGACCACAGAGGACCCCAAGAUGGCAGGGCCAUCCUCCAGGACCCAGGGCUUCAGGGUACCUCUCGUUCGGCUCCCCUGGCGGGCGCGGCUCAGUACCAAAGCUGUACCCACGCGGCUGGAGAGGUGGGAGGCCUGGCCCGCCACGCCCAGCGAGUGCCGAGAUUGCCUCUGGGAGAGGAGCGGCAGCAGGAGGAAGACUCAGCAGCCAGCUGCGAGGCGGGAGGAGGGUCUGGCCCCGAGGCCCGGCUCAGCAAGGGCCUUGCCAAGCAUCUGCUGAGUGGUUUGGGGGACCGACUGUGCCGCCUGCUGCGGAGGGAGCGCGAAGCUCUGGCCUGGGCCCAGCGGGCAGGCCAGGGGCCGGCCGGGACAGAGGACAACCCAGGCGCCGCACGCUGCUGCAGCCGCUGCCGCCGUGGACUCUUCAACACCCACUGGAAAUGCCCCCGCUGCAGCCACAGGCUGUGUGUGGCCUGUGGUCACGUGGCGGGUGCGAGGAGGGCCAGGGACAGAACAGGCCCUCAGGAGGAGUCCGCGGAGGAGUGUCCCCAAGAGGCUGGGCAUACUGCCAGUUCCCUGAUGCUCACCCAAUUCGUUUCUAGCCAGGCCUUGGCAGAAUUGAGCACCGCCAUGCACGAAGUUUGGGUCAAGUUUGACAUCCGGGGGCACUGCCCCUGCCAAGCUGAUGCCCGGGUGUGGGCCCCUGGGGAUGGGGGCCAGCAGAAGGAGCCGACAGAGAACACUCCCCCAGUUCCACAGUCUUCUUGCAAUGGGGAUACCAACAGGACCAAGGACAUCAAAGAGGAGACCCCGGACUCCACCGAGACCCCGGCAGAGGACCGUGCCGGCCGAGGGCCCCUACCUUGUCCCUCUCUCUGUGAACUGCUGGCCUCCACUGCUGUCAAACUCUGCUUGGGGCAUGAGCGGAUACACAUGGCCUUUGCCCCGGUCACUCCUGCCCUGCCCAGCGAUGACCGCAUCACCAACAUCUUGGACAGCAUCAUCGCGCAGGUGGUGGAACGGAAGAUCCAGGAGAAAGCCCUGGGGCCGGGGCUGCGGGCCGGGCCGGGACUGCGCAAAGGCCUGGGUCUGCCCCUCUCGCCAGUGCGGCCCCGGUUGCCUCCUCCCGGAGCUUUGCUGUGGCUGCAGGAGCCCAGGCCUCAGCGAGGCUUCCACCUCUUCCAGGAGCACUGGAGGCAGGGUCAGCCCGUGUUGGUGUCAGGGAUACAGAGGAUAUUGCAAGGCAACCUGUGGGGGACAGAAGCUCUUGGGGCACUUGGAGGCCAGGUGCAGGCACUGACCCCCCUCGGGCCUCCCCAGCCCACAGGCCUCCGCAGUGCAACGUUCUGGGAGGGAUUCUCCUGGCCUGAAAUUCGCCCAAAGUCAGAUGAGGGGUCCGUCCUCCUGCUACACAGAGCUCUGGGGGACGAGGACACCUGCAGGAUGGAGAACUUGGCUGCCAGCCUGCCCCUCCCAGAGUACUGUGCCCGCCAUGGGAAACUCAACUUGGCUUCCUACCUCCCACCUGGCCCUGCCCUGCGUCCCCUGGAGCCCCAGCUGUGGGCAGCCUAUGGGGUGAGUCCACACCGUGGGCACCUGGGGACCAAGAACCUCUGUGUGGAGGUGACUGACCUGGUCAGCAUCCUGGUGCAUGCUGAAGCCUCACCGCCGGCCUGGCACCGGGCGCAGAAAGACUUCCUCUCAGGCUUGGACGGGGAGGGGCUCUGGUCUCCCGGCAGCCAGGUCAGCACUGUGUGGCACGUGUUCCGGGCCCAGGACGCCCAGCGCAUCCGCCGCUUUCUCCAGAUGGUGCAGGGCCUGGUAAGCACCGUGAGCGUCACUCAGCACUUCCUGUCCCCUGAGACCUCUGCCCUCUCUGCUCAGCUCUGCCACCAGGGAUCCAGCCUGUCCCCUGACCGCCGUCUGCUUUAUGCCCAGAUGGACUGGGCUGUGUUCCAAGCAGUGAAGGUGUCUGUGGGAACAUUACAGGAGACUAAAUAGAGGGAUCCCCAGUGUCCGGGGUAGGUUGGGGGGCAGGUAGACCAGGUGCUCAGUCCUGGCACAGCUUCAGCAGAGAAUGAUGCUGGGGGACUUGGGGACUUUUGAUCAAUCCCUCAAGCACCACUCUGGGCACAGGCAGGGCACCCUGUUCCCCGCUCCAACCUGGUCCCUAAAGCCAAAAACCACAGUGUCAUCGAAGCUCACACCUGCCCUUCGCAGGCUGGCACCUGCUCUGUUCCUGCAUCCCUCUCCAUGGUACCAGGCCCACACUGGGGGUGAAUGACUCCCUCCAACCCCUGCCCCCUGAGCCCAAGAGACAAAUGCCCUUCCUUGGGGGACCUUGGGAAUCAUGCUGGCUUAAGCAACACCUUCUGCUGCCUCAUCCCCUACUGUCCCACCUGUGCCGAGCUCUGCUUACACCACCCACAUCUUCACUGGGCUCCAGGGUGGCCCUUCUCACUGCAGGCAUGCUGGACAAGGAGCAGCUGAAAUCCUGCCCUUUUGCCAGAGAACAGUGAAGUGUGGGGAGUGGGGGUGGCAUCAGGAGACUGCCCAGGCUUGGCUGGAGGGAAUGAUAUGGGCAAUGCCCUGUCCCUGCUCCCUCUUCUCGCCUCCCUCCUUCAUGAUUUCCAUUAAAGUCUGUUGUUUUGUGAA